AACGCUGUUGUCGGCAUCUACUGUUAGAAGUUCGCAUCCACCGGGGCUGAUGUCAUACUGAUGGUGUCAAUUCUCGAGUGUUCCGUCGGAUACACUGCCCUGGCGGUUAAAUUGUACGUAGGCAACAGACCGUCAUGUUCUACAAGUUUGCAGCAGUUUUAACGACGCUCUUGGCGAUAUACGUCUAUCGAAGUGGCCGGGCAUUGUUAUAUCACGUGUUCACAGCCCCAGCCCUUCCCAAGGGAUACUUCGCAGGUGGUGACUACAAGGACCACUGCGUGGUCAUCAAGGACGAGAUCGACGAUCAGCUCAACCACUGCGAACACAUUAUCUUCUGGGACCACCUCGACGAAGAAGACAACGUCAGCGACCGGUUCAUCUUCCUCUCAUGUGAUCCCGGACGCAGAGCGUGGAACACUGUCAUGGGUCCCAUGGACGAUCCAGACCCGCUCGGCCACUUGUGGAUAUACUCUACCGAGACCCGGUCGUUGUCUCCCGUGACGCUCGCCAACUAUCCCGAAGGCCGUGAUUUCCACCCUCUCGGCAUGGACGUGCUUCCCUCGAAGGCAGGCGCCCCAUCCACCCUCUUCCUGGUCAACCAUCCCCGUGAAAACUCCACCGUUGAGCAGUUUGUUCUCGACCCUGCUCAACCAACCGUAGCGACCUACGUCCGCACGCUCACCUCUCCCUACUUUGUCGCUCCCAACUCUCUUGCCCUGACUUCCCCCACCUCUUUUUACUUAACUAACGACCACCUCAUGACCCGUCGUUUGCCAGGUUUCUUCGGCAGUAUUUUGCCCAGCGUCGAAGCCAUCGGUGGACUUCCCUUGACCUGGGUCGCACACGUUACAGUUCUGCCGGAUGGCGCCAUCCAACACAAAGUUGUUGCGUUCGGUAUCGCAUUCGCCAACGGGGUCGCCCUUUCGCACGAUGGACUAUACCUCGCAGUAGCAUCGAGCAGUUUGGCCAAGGUCUAUUUCUACAGACGUGAGCCAUCGACCAACGACCUCACUUUAGAUCGCGAGGUCACCGUCCCAUUCGCACCCGAUAACGUGAUGUAUGAUGAUGAAGACGUGCUCAUCGUCGCCGGCCACCCUCACUACCCGUCUUUCAUUGCUGUCGUGGAGAACAAGCCUGGUGUCAAGGCACCGAGUUGGGCUGUCUCCAUCCGCCCCAGUGUUGCAACAAGCGGGUCCGGGGAGUCGGAAGGUCACAGAAACUCGUAUUCGAAAAUGACCGGGUACGAUUCUCGCGCACCAUUGUCAGCCUCGGCCAUCGCACCUGCUUCGUUAACGGAUGACGUCGAGACUAUAUUUCAGAGUGAUGGGUCUGUGUAUGGGACUUCGACAACCGGUUUGGUCGAUAGCCGCACUGGUACGUUUUAUUUGACAGGUUUGUACGAGGAUGGGUUGUUGGUGUGCUAUGCGGAACCACGAAAUGUAUAGGUACCUAUCACUUUCAUCAAUGUACGAGUUUGCUGGCGGUUUGCCAUUCAUGGAAACGGACAGUAGACGAACUUGUACCUUCCCCAAAACCCGCGCCUCUCUUUUUCUCAAACACGCCGAGAUCCGAGUGUCGUCCCAAACCCUCUGCACCGUGCGCGAUUACACAGACCCUCCUCAUAGUAAGGAACGGAACAUGAAGUGGAAUGUCACUAAUGUGGAUAUCGGGGUGGUCGAUGUCCCAGGAGUAAGGAAAAGUCCGAGCGGUUGUGCCUAUAUUCACACCCAGCAAAGACUU